AAUUUAGGAAAAUUCAUAAGCCUCAAGCAUGUAAAAAUAUUAAAAGAACCUGAUAGAUCUACUGGAAACAAUCCUGACAUGACGUCAGCCGGCUAUGUAAAACUGAUGACGCACCUCUGCCUUCGUCUUCAACGGAUGAGCUCGACUCUUAUUUCCAAGUUGCUUCCUUUUGCCCUUUCUCAUGGCUUCAUGGCGUAUCACACUAUAAAAGCAGCAAUAGAGCAACCAUACGCCCAUUCUCACCAAAGAAGUUUCUUUUUUUUCUGCUUUGUCACCAAGGAAGAGGAAUGGCCUCCUCAGAAGCAGAAGGCUCGUUACCGCCGGCGAUGGCGCUGGUGAUUGAUGAGCUGACAAAAGGCCGUCAGUCCGUAGCCACACUUGCUACCCUGCUUUUUGUUGAUCCGCUGGAGUUGCAAACCGCAAAACUCCUCCUUGAAGAGACUAUGAGCACAAUCUCCAAAGCAAUUGCAAUUCUGGAGUGUGUAAAUAGCCAACAAGACCACACGGCGGUUCAAUUGGAGUCCCCUUCUUCUGCUGUCACAAGUAAGGGUCCAGUAGGGAAGAGGAAGAUCCAGAGCACAAGGAAGGCGGCCAGCAGGAAAAGAGGGAAUCCAUAUUCCUGGAAAAGGGUUACUUCAGCUACCAUUGAAGAUGGUCAUACAUGGAGGAAGUAUGGGCAGAAAGAGAUAUUUAGUGCUAAACAUCCAAGAAGCUACUUCAGAUGUACAUACAAAUAUGAUCAAGGCUGCAAAGCGACAAGGCAGGUGCAGAAGUCGGAAGAAGACCCCUUUUUAUAUGUGAUCACUUACUUUGGGGAGCACACAUGUGAAGCUGCGAAAGAGAACAAUCCUAGAUGCAGAGAACCAUGUGUUGUUAGCUUUGAAUCUAACAAGAUCAAUGAAAUCAAGCAAGAGAUUGCCUUCUCUUCCUUCCCAUCUCACAAGCAAGAAAAUGAGGAAGAAGUUGUAAGCAACCUCACCUCCGUUGAUUCUCGUUCAAACUGCUUGGAGCAGCCAGCGAUGGAGUUACAUAAGUCAUCUAUAACAGGAUUGGAGCCCGGCUGGAGUGAUUCAUCUUCGGGCUUGAACUUUUCCAUCAACAGUUAUGAUGUGGAAUUUAUGGAUCUUGAGGACAUAUUAAGUUUUGAACUAAAUGAAUUUUUUGCAUGGUAGGUUAAUGUGGAGACCUCAGUUUCUGUCACUGGAAUGUAUGGAGUUCGUUCAGAAGAGAGUUUAGCAUCCUCUUUCCUGUUCCAAAGUUUCGAGUUUGACUUAGUAUAGGAGAAGAAGAUUUGAUAUAACUUCAGCAUCGAGACAGUGAAUGUAAAAAAUAGCUACUGCUUUUUGUAGCCGUCCCUGAUAAAAGUUAUUUCGGUGUUCUGUAGAUUUGGUAUCA